AUGGCACCAACAAACCCCUCCACCGGUCCACCUCCAGCUCCAAACCUCGGAUCCGGCAGCUUCGCCCCCGUCCACCCUCCCCCAGGUCGAGGCCCCCCGGGCACCCAUCCCAGACCAGCCGUGGGCUUAGGAAUGGGCGUGGCUGGUACCGCUGCCGCUUCGGCCUCAGCCCGAGCCCUGAUGACCACCUACAACCCACCGGAUGACGACGACUCUGAAGACGACAUCCCCGACGAGGAACCCGCGUCUCUGAUCACGCUCGAGAUCAACACGCCGCUGCACAUCCGGGGCGAGGGCAACCUGAUCGCCAUCGAGCCCAGCGUGACCGCCAACCGCAUCGCCAUGGGCAUGGUGCAGGCGCUGCAGCAGAUGCGGCUCGAGCACGGCUUCUCCAUGACCGACGAAGAGGGCCGCCCGAGACCGAUCACGAUCAAGGUUACGGCAGGCACGGUGGUCGAGGGCUCGAAGAAUCUGGUCGGCGAAAGAGCCGUCAUGCAGAGAAUUGCGCCGGAGCUGGCCACGAAGGGCAAUCAGCAGGUCACGAGCUUGAAUCUGGGACAGGCGCUGAAGAAGCGGGAGCGGGACCGGGGUAGGGCUGCGGACGAGGAGAGCGAGGUUGAGGAGCCGACCAAGCGUACGCGGAGGGGUUGA